GGCUCCUUGCUGUGUGUUUAACACUAUAACUAGAAGUGUGUGCUAAGCUGCAUUACAUAUUACAUUGAAAUAUUAGUGUAAUAUGUAACGUGGGGUGUAAUCUAUUAAAUAUUUAAAAAUGACUUAGUUCUUUUCAACUUGCAGUGUUUUUACUGCGCAGCUACUACAAACACUACAGCUUUUGCUUCAUAAACCCGAGACAUGCAGCAUGCGCUUUCAUUUCACGACAGGCUAGAAGGACAUACCACUGACUUUCUGUAAACUCUUAUUUAUUUAAUAAUUCUUCAGAAUAUUUAUACACUGUUUCGCGGUGAAUGCUCAACUGUGCUGCAGUGAUUAGCUUCCCCUGACUGGUCCGUCUUCUAUUAUGGUCCCCCAGUGGGAAAGCAUCACAUGCUUCUCGUUCCUCUUUCCUCUGUUCGCUCGCUCUGUAUGAGCUCGAAUUUAGUACUAGAAAGUCUUCUGUAAUAUAUAUUAACAACAGUAAUUCUUCAGGAUGCGAACAGACCAUGCAGAAAACGCUGUGAUGAGCAGGAGUUUCCUCCAGCCCUCAGACAGUGAGCUUCACAGCUGGAUGGCCAGCGCCUUUAACAUGGCGAAAGAGGCUCUUGAAAGCGGCGAGGUGCCUGUUGGAUGUCUUCUGGUGUACAACAAUAUGGUUUUAGGCAAAGGAAGGAAUGAGGUGAAUGAAACAAAAAAUGCCACGCGUCAUGCGGAAAUGGUGGCACUGGACCAGGUGUUAGAAUGGUGUUCUCACCGAGAGCUGGACCCAAAGGAGGUGUGCAAGCACACUGUCCUGUACGUGACCGUCGAACCGUGCAUCUUGUGUGCAGCUGCACUGCGUCUGCUGAAUGUCCCACUGGUUGUGUACGGGUGUAAGAAUGAAAGAUUUGGGGGCUGCGGUUCAGUGCUGGACAUCUCAUCAGGUGAUCUUCCCCACACUGGAACAUCCUUCAAGUGUAUACCCGGUCACAGAGCGGAGGAGGCUGUCGAGAUGCUGAAGACAUUUUACAAGCAGGAGAAUCCUAAUGUGGUGAAGCCUAAAGUAAGGAAAGAAGGCGUCAGUCCAGCAGGGGGCACUAUCACCACGCACACAGAAACAGCACCACACGAGGAUGACGGAAAAAUGGCUGCUUCAGACUGAAAUGGAAAAAUAAAACCCACAUUUCCUUCCCUCCAACUGAAGUCAGGACAAUUCCACUUCCUCCUCCUUUCCUGUCUGUCCUUAUAGAAGCCAGAGCCAUAUCCUAUAAGGGGGAAACAUGCCUGAGCUUCCUCAUCAGCUGUUAUGCAAAUCUGAAAACAGCACCUCAAUAUCAUCAAAAGGUUUUUAUGCCUGCUGAGGUGGAAGUCAACAUGUCAGUAAGGAGCAGAUGAUGCACAAUCCCGUCUCUCCACAAUCCCGUCUCUCCACGGCUGUGUCUCAAACCACACAGUAAUGUCGAUCUGUUGAAGCUCCAGAAUAUUCAAACAUGAAGCAAUGUAAACACACAGAUCCCAGUUUUCUUUUGAAACGAUGCAGAGAUCCACUUAAAAUUGGUGUUCAGUCAGUUCAGUUUUACACACACAUUGGUUUUUGUUGACGUAUUUUUGUGAUUUACGUUGUGUACUUCAGCACUCAGGAUUUGAUGUCAUUAAUGUACUACAAAGACACUUGGUUUAAAAAGCUUCAUCAUUAGCAGAGAUGAAGGUGUUAAGUUAAAUGUUAAUGUUACUGGUAACAUGUCUGUCUGCCAUAUCAUGGGUUAUUCAAAGAUCUUUCAGGCAGAAAGUGAAUGUGAUAUUUAUAUGAUAAAUGACAAAGAUGUGAUCACUCACAGUGGUUUUUUUUUUUUUUAUUUUAUUUUUUAUUCAGAGACAUCUUGUUAACAAGAAAAAUGACAAUCUUAGGGCUCAAAGAACAGUAGAAGAGCGUGAACUUUGUUGAAACUACUGCAGACUUUGUUUGCACCAAUCGCAGUUUCAUGACCAGAAGUGAGAAAGAACAUGGCAUGAUAAACCAAACCUAAAGCUGCCUACGCGUCUCCAGCAAGACAGCCGCUCUGUUUUAUUCAUAAAUAAUGAGCUUGCACGAAACGGAAAUAUUUUUUAAAAUACCACUUGCGGGUGGUUGUGCAGUUGUCAUUGUGCACUUUACAAAUUUGUCCGUUUAGUACAUUUCCAAAAAUGGAAGAAAUUGUUUUAAGCAGAAUCUUGCUUUGUUAAUGAUAAUGAUUAAAUCGGUGCUUUUUUCGUGGCGCUGUGUUUUUAUGUCUACUCUGUCCACCGUUGAUGACUCAAACAUUCACAGUACUCUUGGUCACUAACAAAUUUCUGCCUCUGUUUUAACAGCUUUUGGUAAUUUCCUCAGAUCUGAUCACAUGCUGCAUUCUAUCUAUGGAAAUAAAGCAUGAAGUUA